GCAACCACCCGCAAGAUGGCACGGCACUACCAAGAAGGUUCAACCAGUUUGUAUAACUGUCAGGCAUUUGUUUAUGUUUACAUUUACUUUAUAGUGUUUUUUCAAUAUUAUGUUUUUAUGAUAAUCAAUAUUCUCAAAAGGAAUGUGCAAUCUGAACCAGAACCUCCCUAUUUCGGCAUUGUAGAUAGCUUAAUAAAACAGGUCUCAAAUCUGCAAGAUCGUAUUGAAGGCAUAGAAUCCAUGUCAGAUGUGAGUUUAAGUAGCCACAUAGUCCAAUUGCCUGAUUUAGAAAGUAGCCCGAACAUGUACAAGAAGCAGCCGAAUGCUAAAAGGUAUUACAGUCACGAUGAUUUGUAUCAGACAGUCAGCUCUCAGACUACGCCUCAAAAAUCCACUGACAAACUCAGACUCAGCUCACUGCCAAAUACACCAAUCGCUGCCCGAUUUACUCCGAAGAAGAACACGGUCAAGUUCAGCCCGCCUCAUCAAGCCUUGCCAAUACCUUCAGCUAAAAAGCCAAUCUCUGGGGAUACUGAAGUACUACAGGAAAUAGACACUUUCAUCUCAAACGUUCAGGCUAUUAAGAGAAAUCAUGCUGUACGAAACUUGGAAAAUACUUUCAGCCAAAUGGAAGCUUCCAAUACUAAAAUGACGACGGAAAAUGGUCGGAAAUCCUCGAAUCAAGAUGAAGAGCUGCAAGAAACUAUCCGUCAACUGGAUAGGCACUCAGAGAAGAUCGCGGUUGAAAAAAGGCCCAAAGCUGAUGGUCUUGUGCAAGAACCCAUUGGCGAGGUAAAUGCCUGGCAAUGUGGGGAUAAUAUUAACAGUGUACCUGAGUAUGGAGCAGGAUUUAGGAAUCAGCUCUAUAGCCAAAAGGAAGCCAAACACCCCUAUUCAAAGUUCACUUUAACUCAGCCCGAAUCCACGACUACUGAUUUAACUUCAACCAAUACCAGCUUGGAAAAGUCGCUCGAUAGCAGUUCAGAUUCAACUCAGCUCACAGCUUACCAUAAACUGACGAGGAAAGAAGGACUUGGCCAAUUCGCUACUCAGCUACAGACCGAGCACAAAGAACCAAGCAUUCCAAAUUUCAAAAAAUACCCUCCACCUUUUGAUGCCUCUUACAAUGAUGUCUACAAGAUUGAUCAGGAAAGAAAUGAGCUGUUGCAUAGUCCUUUGCACGAUAACGCCCUGUCCAUCCUGAAUAUGCAUAAGCAACUGUUGGAAAAUUCGAAAGUGGCUUCAAAGGACGAACGAGUACCCAAGAAGCGCGGUAUUAAUACUUUAAGCAACAACAUGGGCCUUUUGAGCUUAGCGGAUAUUUGGGACUCGAAUCGCGUCUCGCAGAGCCCGAGCAAGCUGACACAGAAAAUCCAAGAGGAGAGAUUGAGACGACAGCACUGUGAGCAGCUGAUUCAGGAAUUGCAGUACACAAAUCUAGUCUUCCAACAGAAGCUGGCAGUGGCUGUUAAGGUUGACGAAACCAAAAACAACACCAUUCAACAGUUUAGAGACGCCCUAAAUUCAUUGUCUUCAAAGCUGGAGAAGCUCAACGAAGAAAAGGCUUCAUGGGAUCGAGACGUGGCGCGAUUGAAAAAUGACCAUUCCAUGGCUAUGGAGUCUGCUAGUCAAAAAGCUGCCUAUUAUGAAAAAGACGCCACUAGAAGCCGAAACGUGCUGCAUGCAAAUCAAGAAAAAAUCUCGGCUUUGGAGGAAAGGUGUUCGCAGCUGCAACAUCAACUUAAACAGAUCGAAGAAAAAUUCGGCGAAGUUCAAGAAAACUACCAAAGAGAAUCAACUAGAAACCAACAGCUUGCUGAUAUCAUCAGCCAAAAGGAAAUUGAGCUGAAAGAAAACAAGAGCGUUUUAAGUAUAGCACGUGACGAAGUCUCACAUAGCCGGAAAGCUGUGGAAGUGUGCCAAGCUGAAUUUACAGCCCUAAAAAACGAGUGUUCGAAACUCAAGACUGAACUUAGCGAGGACAAAUCUACGAUUUUAAAUUUGACUGAACAAAAACGUAAAAUUCUUAACGAUAUUCAAACGUAUAAAACCAACGAGAAAAACCUUAAAGAUGCCUUGGAAGAGUCCAAGUUGAAAUUAGACAAUACGAAAGUGGAACUGCGAAACUUUUAUCAAGGACAACUGGAAAUUAUAGUGGAGAAUAAACGGAAGGAGAUGCAAAGCCAGCUAGACCAGCAAAGACAAAAUGGUUUGGAAGAAAUAAGCAGAAAGGAAUUGUCCAUGGCUAAAACGGCGGCAAACCAUAUAAAGGAAAUAUCCGACAAGUGCGCCUUGGAAAUUAAGCUACUGGAGCAAAAGCACCAAGAGGAAAUGAAAUUAUAUCAAGCGCAGCUCACGCAAAAAGACAAGACAAUCGAAAGUUUGCAAGCGAAAGUCGCCCAAUUGCCAGAGAAACGAGCGCAAAUCGCCAAACAACUUCAGAAAGCGAUGGAAAAUCAAUGGAAUGAAGCUCUGAAAAUGAUCAGUGGCGGCUCUACACCGUUGAGCAAUGAUCAACAGGGGUUUGCGGGCACAAAUCCACUGUUUCACGCAGUGGCCGACAGUGGCCAGCUUCAUAAACAGUUGGAAAGCGCAUCGGAUUACGAUGAGACUCCCGUGUCUAGUCGAGGGGCCAAACAGUCUGAAAGUGAAAUCCAGAAAUACAUCAAUAUGUUGCUAAACAGACCUCCAGGAAAUCCCGUGACCGAACCGCAAGACACCAAAACAACGCAAAGUCAAAUGAGAUCAACCGGGAGUCAGGGUGUAAGAGCUCGAAGGCCAAAGUAAGGAUGAAUCGCGACAAUUCAGAGACAGAAAAACUGGCAAGCCGCCUUGGAAAUAACGUAAGCAAUAUUUUGUACAAUUUACUUAGGUCUCAAUGUUUAUAUCGACUUUAUUAAAAAAAACUGAGAUUCGAAA